AUGUCAUGUAAUGACAACCAGCCAAUCUCAAUAGACGAACUCGCCAACUCAAGUGCAACAGUGCCUGAGGAGAAAGGUAACAAUAGUACCUUUACUACAACUGAAGCAACAAACCAACCAGCCCCACUGAUGUGCACGGACGUGAAAUUGUUCAAUCCUGAUGACCCUUCUUGUCGUGCUACCGCAACCGCUUUCCUUGAUUAUGGAUCUACAGCUACUUACAUUACUGAGGAACUGGCAGCCCUUCUUAACUUACCAACUAUCAAAAGAGAAGAACUCAGCGUUUCAACGUUUGCUGGCUCUAAGCCUAUGUUGAUGGAAUGUUCGAUCCACAAGAUAGGUAUUGUGACAGAAAACGGCACCAAAUGUCUCACUGUGAAAUCUACCACUUCUCUCGCAAAGGAUGUGAUGCAAAUCAUUCCUGAUGGCAACCUAUCCUUUUGUUUUGUCUCUAUUGAAAACGAUGACGUUGCCAAUCCAGCAAACCAUAACAAACUGUGCGAACUGGUAAGCCGAUUCUGGAAACUUGAAUCAGUUGGUAUACUUGAUAACCCGGACCAGCGCGACGAUGACGAAUGUCUCAAACUCUUCCACAAUACUAUAUACUACGACUCCGACGAAAAGAGGUAUGUUGUUACAUUACCUUUCAAAGUUGAUCCGGUAAAGGUCCCUGACAAUUACACAUUGGCUUACUCUCGUCUUCGCAAUCAGUUGAAACAACUACAGCAAAAUCCUUCCUACUUAGAAAGAGAUCAUGCAGUAAUCAAAGAUCAAUUACAAAGAGGAAUAAUCGAACGUGUGCCAGCCGAGGAUGUUCACAAACCGUGUCACUACCUGUCCCAUCAUGGCGUAUUGAAAAGGAAUGACAAGGAUCUCAAAAUCAGGUGCGUCUAUGAUGGAUCGGCAAAACUGAAAGGAAGCGUGAGUCUCAAUGAUACCCUGUACCGAGGGCCUGUACUGCUUCCUAAUCUUGUUGGAAUUCUCAUCCGUAGCAGACUGUGA